AUUCUUGAUUUGAGAUUUGUCAAGUGAUAGAGUCUAAAGAAAGAGGGAAAAAGGGAAAGAAAUGGGUUGUGCUGCUUCAAGAAUUGAUAAUGAAGAAAAGGUUUUAGUGUGUAGGCAGAGAAAGAGGCUAAUGAAAAAGUUAUUAGGGUUCAGGGGAGAAUUUGCUGAUGCACAGUUGGCUUAUCUUAGAGCUUUGAGGAACACUGGAGUUACUCUUAGGCAAUUCACUGAGUCUGAGACCUUGGAGCUUGAAAACACUAGUUAUGGUUUAAGUUUGCCUUUGCCUCCUUCGCCGCCUCCUACAUUACCUCCUUCACCACCACCACCUCCUCCUUUUAGCCCGGAUUUGAGAAAUCCCGAGACUAGUCAUGAAUUGGCUGAUGAGGAGGAAGAGGGUGCUGCAGAGAUUGAUGGUGGUAAUGAUGGGAGUGGUGCAACUCCUCCACCUCCAUUGCCGAAUUCUUGGAACAUUUGGAACCCUUUUGAGUCACUGGAGCUGCAUAGUCAUUCAAAUGGUGACAAUGUAGCUACACAAAUUGAGCUGAAGAAGAAACAACAAAUUCAGCAAGCUGAAGAGGAAAAUUGGGCGGAGACGAAGUCUCAGUUUGAGGAAGAAGAUGAGCAACAAGAAGCAGGAGGUACUUGCCUUGAUUUAAGUGUUCAUCAAAUAGAGGCUGCUGGUGGCUGUGACAUGAAGAAGCCUCGGCGUUUGAAGUUUAAGCUGGGAGAAGUUAUGGACGUUAACUCCUCAAUGACAAGCUGCUCCGGUAAAGAUAUGGAGAACACUCGUGUGACUGAUUGUAAGAUCAGGAGGACCUUAGAAGGAAUCAUCAGAGAGUUGGAUGAUUAUUUUCUAAAAGCAUCGGGUUGCGAGAAGGAGAUAGCUGUGAUAGUAGACAUCAACAGUAGGGAUACUAUUGAUCCUUUCAGGUACCAGGAAACAAGAAGGAAGAGAAGCAGUUCCGCAAAGGUAUUCAGUUCAUUGUCAUGGAGCUGGUCUUCAAAGUCUCUUCAGUUGGGCAAAGAUGCUACAACAAGCGGCACUGUUGAACCCUGUAGGCCUGGAGCUCACUGCAGCACACUUGAGAAGCUAUACACAGCUGAGAAGAAACUUUACCAGCUAGUCAGAAACAAAGAGAUUGCCAAAGUGGAGCAUGAGAGGAAGUCUGCAUUACUGCAAAAGCAAGAUGGGGAAACCUAUGAUUUGAGCAAAAUGGAGAAGGCACGCUUGUCUUUGGAGAGUUUGGAAACCGAGAUACAGCGUCUAGAAGAUUCCAUAACUACAACACGCUCAUGUAUGCUUAACUUGAUCAAUGAUGAGCUGUAUCCGCAGCUAGUUGCUUUAACUUCUGGGCUAGCACAUAUGUGGAAAAAAAUGUUCAAGUGCCAUCAAGUUCAGAUUCAUAUAUCACAGGAACUGAACCAUCUUCCAGAUUACCCAAGUAUAGAUCUCAGUUCGGAAUACAAACGCCAGGCGGUUAAUCAACUAGAGACCGAGGUUACUUGCUGGUAUAAUAGCUUUUGCAAGUUAGUAAAUUCUCAGCGAGAAUAUGUGAAAACACUCUGUACGUGGAUCCAACUUACUGAUCGCCUCUCUAACGAAGACAACCAAAGAAGUAGCUUGCCUGUUGCUGCUCGUAAGCUCUGCAAAGAAUGGCAGCUUGUAUUUGAAAAGCUACCUGAUAAGGUAACUUCGGAGGCCAUUAAAAGCUUUCUGAUGUCAAUUAAAUCUGUUAUUCAUCAACAAGCUGAGGAAUACAACCUGCGGAGGAAAUGUAAUAAACUUGAGAGGAGGCUUGAGAAAGAGCUAAUUUCACUGGCUGAGAUCGAAAGAAGACUCGAGGGAAUUUUAGCAAUGGAAGAAGAGGAAGUAAGCUCAGCGAGUUUGGGCCCUAAGCAUCCGUUGACAAUCAAACAAGCCAAGAUCGAAGCCUUGAGAAAACGAGUAGAUAUUGAGAAAGCUAAGUACUUAAACUCGGUCGAGGUUAGUAAGAGAAUGACACUGGACAACCUCAAAUCAAGCCUUCCCAAUGUCUUUCAGGUGUUGACUGCUCUCGCUAAUGUCUUUGCCAAUGGGUUUGAAUCCGUGAAUGGCCAAACCGGUACAGAUGUUUUCGACACAUCCCAAGAUUCCGAUGAAUCUCAACCCUAAGAAACUCCCUCAUUCCCUUCUUGAGGUUUCAGGAGCUUGCUUCUUGAUGUUUGUUUCUUUCUUAGUGCUUCAGUGAAGAGGUUUUUGUAUAUGAACGACUGUAGAGAAACUCAUGUUUACAACUUUGUCCAACGCCAAAAUUGCAUCACAAGUCCUUCCCCUCUAUCAUCAAAUCUAAAAAGGGUAUUAUUGUGUUUCUGAGUGUUUAAGAAUCCCAUUUAUGAGUUAGAAGGAUACUCAAGUAAAUACUCUACUUAUCA